AACCCUAGCUAGUAGUAACAUAUCAUUCUGCCAAUUUCAUUUGCAGAUUGAGAAUCAGAUUCAUUUGGAUCAUCGUUAUGAGACCAAGCUUGGGGAAGAUCUCCAGCGCCUCUGCUUCAUUAAGCAAUGGCACAAUUCGUUGCUUGAUAUCUCCAUUCUCCACUUCAUCUAGCGGCAGAGGCAGUGGAAGAGGUUCCCCUUCACCUACUAAUCCUUUCACCGUCUCAAAUGACGAUCUUAAAGCCGAAGAAAUCCCUUUACAAGCUGGAAUAGGUCAUGGUCGUGGUAUCCGUCCUCCCCCAACCCCUUCUUUCGCUUCCGAUGCUCCUAAUCGUGGCAUUGGUCGCGGUCGAGGUUUUGUCCCUCUUCAUCCGUCCCAACCAAUCCCACCACCGAGUGUCCAAUCGACAAACGAACCUUCGGGUCCUCCCAAAAGACUUACUUUUGCCUUCAAUGACGAUUCUCGUCUUCCCAUAACCGGAGCUGGGCGUGGGAGGCCUGUGCUACCAGUGGCUCCAGAGGAGGAGAAGCCUAAGCAAGAAGAGAACCGACAUCUAAGACAACGCCAACGACAGGCUAGCGAAGGCAGUAGACCUGUAGUGUCUUCUCCGAUUAGAAGUGCAGCACCGAAUUCUAGGGAGGAUGCUGCGAAGAGGGCGGGUGAAAUAUUGUCUAGUGGCGGUGGUGGUGGUCGUGGAGAGGGGAGAGGUAGAGGUGGUGGUAGAGGAAGGGGAGCGAGAGGCAGAGGGAGAGGAAGGAACGAUUGGGCAAGGGGUCGCAGAAAUAAUGAUGGAAAGGGUCAAGAUGAGGAUGAUAAUUUUGGUUCUGGACUUCAUCUUGGUGAUGAUGCAGAUGGGGAGAAAAUGGCUCAGAAGUUUGGGCCAGAUUUUAUGGGGAAACUGGAGGAAGCCUUUGAUGAGAUGAGUAACACUGUUUUGCCUUCUCCAAUGCAGGAUGCUUAUUUGGAAGCCCUUGAUACAAAUUACUCAAUCGAGUGUGAACCAGAGUACUUGAUGGAGGACUUUGGCACCAAUCCAGAUAUCGAUGAGACGCCUCCCAUUUCUUUGCAGGAAGCACUUGAAAAGAUGAAACCGUUCUUGAUGGCCUAUGAAGGAAUUAAAGACCAAGCAGAAUGGGAGGAAAUUGUUGCAGAAACUAUGAAGAAUGUGCCUCUGAUGAAAGAGAUCGUGGAUCAUUAUAGUGGACCUGAUAGAGUUACAGCUAAGAAACAAAAUGAAGAGCUGGAAAGGGUGGCUAAAACUUUACCUCAAAGUGCACAUGCUUCAGUAAAACGGUUUACUGACCGUGCUGUUCUUUCCCUUCAGAGCAACCCAAGUUGGGGAUUCGACAAAAAAUGCCAGUUCAUGGAUAAAUUGGUCUGGGAGGUUUCACAACAGUAUAAAUGAGACGCUGUUGAUGAUCAAGAUUGAUGAAAUGUUGCCAUAGAAAGGGCGAUUUGUUUGAUUACAACAAUGGAUAUUUUUUGGUCAUGUUUUAAAAGAUCUAAUAGUGUCCCUUUUGUAGGUUUAAAUGGUUAACAUAUUUUCCUCCUUUUUACAAUUCAGUAGCAAAUACUUGUGUACCAUUUUGAUUCAAUAAUUGUCACAUUAUUUUUCUUGCUACUCAGUUUUGGCUCUAUGGAUGCCAACUAAUAUUAUUUCAUAUCUGCAAUAACAAUGUUGCCUUUUGUGAAACCUUGUAUGGAAAUAUUUUUCUAAGGUUUUUGCACUUUGAAUCA